AUGUCUCUUAUUUCUGUUAAUAAUUCGAAUACUUUUCAUUAUACAUGGUUACAACGUUGUGCUUGUAAUAUAAUUCGUUAUGGUUGUACAAGUCGACCAAAACAUAUAGCUAUUGUUAUGGAUGGUAAUCGUCGUUUUGCACGUGAACAUAAUUUUGAACGUUCUCGUGGUCAUACAUUAGGUGCUGAUAAAUUAUUUGAUGUUUGUCAAUGGUGUUAUGAUUUAGGUAUCAAUGAAUUAAGUGUUUAUGCAUUUUCACUUGAAAAUUUAAAACGUUCACAAGAUGAAAUUGAUACAUUAAUGAAUAUAGCACGUUUAAAAUUAAAAGAAAUAGAAAAAUCCUUAGAAAAAAUUCAUGAACAACAAAUAUGUAUACGUGUUAUUGGUAAUUUAGAUUUAUUACCUGAUGAUAUUCGACAAUCAAGUUAUCGUUUAAUGAAUGAAACUGAUCAUUAUAAAAAUUUUGUAUUAAAUGUUUGUUUUUAUUAUACAUCAAGAAAUGAAAUAACAAAUAUAAUUAAAGAUUUAGCUAAAGGUUGUCAAAAAGAUUUAAUACAUAUUGAUGAUAUUGAUGAUGAUUUAAUUAUGCAAAGUUUAAUUGUAUCAACAAGUCAUACAGGUCAUUUACCUGAUAUAUUUCUUCGUACAUCAGGUGAAUUACGUUUAAGUGAUUUUAUGUUAUUACAAUGUCGAUUUUCUAUAUGGAUAUUUGCUGAUGUUUAUUGGCCAGCAUUUAAUAUAUGGCAUUUAUAUUGGAUUAUAUUACAAUAUGAAAUGAAAUCGAAAACAUUGAUUAAUAUACAAAAUCAAUGUAAAAAUAUUCUUAAAGAAAAUCAAAUUAAUAAUGAAGAAAAAACUCAACGAAUUAAAACAUAUCUUAAUUGGCUUGAACAACAAAGAAAUGAACGUUUAAAAUUAUAA